CGGGUAUAUGCGUUACAUAGCUAAGUAAAAUGGCAGCCAAGUCAGAUGAAGGUGGCGAUAGCAAACGGCGUAUUAAAAUUUCAGAGCUUCCAGUAUAUGGCAACCCAGAUGUGAAGGUUAAAGUUCUGCCAGAAGACAUAGGAAAAUUUCGUGAAGGUAUAUCAGUGGUUCGUGGAGCAGUGUGGAACUGGCUUGAUUCAAUACAGGGUACCACAGAAAAAGUUAAAGACACAUAUGAAAUUGGAAAAGCUCACACUCAAUCUACUGUAGACUACAUACAAAAUGAUGAAGGUGUGUUACCUAGGCUGGCUGUGAUUGGUGUGUCCGGAUUGGCGGGAAUAGUUCUCGGAUAUAAAGGAGGUCCUAUGAGAAAAGCUGCUUUUAGUACAUUUGCUGUGAUAUCAGCCACAUCAUUGUGUUAUCCUAAAGAAGCAGUUGCCUUAACAACUGGGCAGUACGAAAAACUCAGAAACAAAGUUCAAGAAUUAAAAGGAAGUAAGUUACAUUGUUUCAGUUACUUCAGGGUUCUCCUCUCACUUUUAAGGAAGAGAUUGAAUUCUUCAUGCGAGGAAGCUAUCCAGCUGGCUUACAGAAGGUCGGUGGUUCUACUCAGGUGCUCGCUCAUGAUGAAAUUAUGCACGGAGGGGCACAUGGGGAUCUUCCUCCACCAUCAGAGCUGUAAAGUCGGCAUAUGAAGUUGGCAUAUGACC